AUGCGCCUCUAUCUCUUGCCCAUCUCAACGAGGCGCACCCUUCUCUACUGCCAGCGGCUCGACGCGCCGACCUCGGGAAAGCAGACCUGGUCCGACUGGCUCCAGGCCAAGGCCGCCCGCACAUGGUCCGGCUGGGAGAAGAAGGAGUCUGGCUGGCAGAAGCAGGUAGUCAGCUACGGUAACCAGGUGCUGCGCCGAAUUCCCUACGAGGAAUGGGGGCUCAAAUCGGUGCCCCCGCUGUCGCAGCGCCGCAUGCAGGUCGAGCUGAACGGCAAUGAGAAGGUCGAGGUUGUCUACCCCAAGACCCUGCUGGCCAUGGACAGGGUGCCCAAGCUACUGCGCUUGCUGGCGACCGAGAGGCAGGCGCUACACAAGAGGAGACUGGUCUGGUGUUUUAUUGGCAUGCCUAUCACGGCGCCCGUUGCGCUCCUCCCUGUCGUUCCCAAUAUACCCUUCUUUUACUUGGUUUACCGCGCCUGGUCGCACUGGCGAGCGCUAUCCGGCGGGAAACACAUACAGUUUCUUCUCGACAACAACCUCCUCGCCCUGGCCCCGUCCCCCGUCCUUGACGAGGUGUAUGCCCAACAGAAAGAGCUCCUGCCUUCCAGUCCGAAACCGACAAUAAUGGACUCAAAUGAGAAAGUCGUCACCGACUCCGACCCCCUCAACUCGCCGAACGGCGCGCAGAAUCCAGACGGCGAGACAAUGCUGCUGUCGCAGGCCAAGGGCAAGGAGAUGACCCAGGCACUAGACCUGCCCCAACUCGAGGUUGAGCUCGAGCGGGCCAUAUGGCAGGUUGAGACGGCCAUCAAGAAGCGCAAUGCCGAGGUGGCUGCCAAGGCUGCGCAGCAAACGCCCAGCGACGACGAAGAAAAGUCGCAAUGA